AAGAAUUCAUAAUAUUGUUAUCGACCGUGGUACCUACUUUUAUAGGAACUCUUACAGAAAAAGUAUUCCCAUGACCCCACCACUUAUGAUUUCCAAUCGUUGUCAUUGUUUUAUUUUGAUUGUGCAAUAUUAUUUAUUUCACUAUUUGAGUUUCAUUAGUCAUUACAUAGUGGUGAUUUGUGAUUCAAAUGUAUAAAAAGUUUAGUUGUUGGUUCUGAGUUUUUCUGGUAAUAUUUUUACUGUUCAUCUUUCGAUUUAUACGUUGUAUUCCAUUAUUUGGAUAUUAUGCUGGUGUGAUAUUUUAUUUGUAUUUACAGUAUUACAAUAUAAUAAAAGGUAAGCUUCACGUUGCAUUUUGGUUUCACAGUUAAAUUACCAAAAUAAUCAAUAGUUUGUAAUUUGCAUCCUUUACAUUAAUAUUUUUAUAUUAUAGUUAUAUUUAAAAUAUGUCUACAUCAAUUAAACAAAUGUCUAUUUCUCGAAAUAUAUAAUAAGUGUUAGUACCAAAGUGAAAAUCUCGUCAUUACAUAUUUGGGAAAAAAAUGACUAAACAUUAUGAGUCAUAGGGAUAUUUAAUAAUGACAAGAAUAAACUUCAUCAUCACAAGUUAACUUUUAUAUGCAUUCUUAUAAAUAAUUAAUUUUGUUUGAUAUUGUGUUGCAGCUGUGUUAAAAAAUGUAUCAACAAAGAGUGUGUAAGUAGAAUAUAAAAAUUAAUUAUUUUAAAUAUUUUUGUUUUAUAUGGUAUUUUAAUUUAGUGCUGAAGAAUACUGGUUAUUCAAAGGAUACAACCAUGAUGUGGCAACCGGGUACACAAUAUUUGCCUGAAUCUGGUAUCCAUUCUGGUGGUACUACACAAGCUCAUUCUAUUACCGAUAAAGAAGAUGAUCUAGAACGAGAACAAUUAAUUUAUGAACUUAAUCAAGGUUUUUCACAUGGAUUUACUCAGGAUCAAGUUGAUGGUAAGCACUUAUAAUUAAAAUUAAAAUGUUGAUUAAUUGAAUUUUAAUUUCAGAAAUGAAUCAACAAUUAAGUCAGUCACGUACCCAAAGGGUACGAGCAGCGAUGUUUCCUGAGACACUUGAAGAAGGUAUUGAGAUUCCUUCUACACAAUUUAAUCAAGGACAGUUAACAGCUGUCCAGCGGUUAGCAGAGCCAAGUCAAAUGCUUAAACAUGCUGUAGUUAAUUUAAUAAAUUAUCAGGUAAAUUAAUAGAAAUUUUAUGUGUACACAAUAUAAUUAUAAUUUUUUCAUUAUAAAAGGACGAUGCUGAUUUAGCUACUAGAGCUAUACCAGAACUGAUUAAAUUAUUGAAUGAUGAAGAUCAAGUUGUUGUAUCACAAGCUGCCAUGAUGGUUCAUCAAUUAUCUAAAAAAGAGGCUUCAAGGCAUGCAAUCAUGAAUAGUCCUCAAGUAAAUAUAGUGUUUAAUUUUAUCAAAUUGUAUUAGUUUUUGUACUGAAUUUAUACGAGUAGAUGGUCGCAGCAUUAGUAAAAGCAUUGUCAAAUAGUAAUGAUUUAGAAAUGACAAAAGGUGCAGUUGGUACUUUACACAAUUUAUCACACCACCGACAAGGUCUUUUAGCAAUAUUCAAAAGUGGAGGAAUACCAGCUCUUGUUAAAUUACUUAGGUAUCUAUCUAGUUCAAAAUAACAGUAGUGUUUAAUUUAAUAAUAUUAAUUUUGUUUUAUUUUUAGUUCUCCAGUUGAAUCUAUUUUGUACUAUGCUAUAACAACAUUACAUAAUCUGUUACUUCAUCAAGAGGGUUCAAAGAUGGCAGUACGUCUUGCUGGAGGUCUACAAAAAAUGGUAGCACUUUUACAGCGUAACAAUGUCAAAUUUUUGACAAUCAUUACUGAUUGCUUACAAAUAUUAGCAUACGGUAAUCAAGAGAGUAAACUAAUUAUACUUGCUUCUCAAGGACCCAUUGAACUUGUGCGUAUUAUGCGUUCAUAUGAUUAUGAGAAGCUAUUAUGGACAACAUCUAGAGUUUUAAAAGGUUUUAAUUUAAUAUUAUAAUAAUAUUUUGUUAUUGUUUUAAAUCAGAUUAACCAUUUAUCAUUUUUAGUUUUAUCGGUGUGUUCAAGUAAUAAACCGGCAAUUGUUGAAGCUGGUGGUAUGCAAGCUUUGGCAAUGCAUUUACAACAUGGCAGUCAACGUUUAGUACAAAAUGCUUUAUGGACGUUACGUAAUUUGUCUGAUGCUGGAACUAAAGUAUUUAUUAUUGCCUAUUAUAAAUUAGUUCAUAUGAAUUUUAUAAUAAACACUUUUAACUUAGAGUUGUACAUAAAUUAAAUCUAAGUUUGUUAAUUAAUUUCUUUUUGUAAUUUUAAGGUUGAUGGUUUAGAACAGCUAUUGCAAUCAUUGGUAAUCGCAUUGAACCAUUCAGAUGUAAAUGUAGUAACUUGUGCCGCUGGUAUAUUAUCAAAUUUGACUUGUAAUAAUCAACGUAAUAAAGUCACUGUAGUUCAAGUGGGUGGUGUUGAAGCAUUAGUACAAACCAUUAUGAAUGCUGGAGACAGGGAAGAAAUAACUGAACCUGCUGUAAAUUUUGAUAAAAAUAUAUAAUUUUGUUUUAAAAUGUGAAAGUUUUAAAUUAUAUUUUAGGUCUGUGCUUUAAGACACUUAACAUCUAGACACGUUGAAUCGGAUAGUGCACAAAAUGCUGUACGCCAUAUCGGGGGUAUUCAAGUUAUAGUGAAAUUGUUACAACCUCCUUCUCGUUGGCCUCUCGUUAAAGCAGCUAUUGGACUAAUUCGAAAUGUAGCUCAGUGUCAGGGUAACCACGUGCCAUUAAGAGAACACGGUGCAAUACACCAUCUGAUACGUUUACUAAUGAGAGCAUUUCAAGAUAUCCAGAGAGUAUGUAAUAUUGUUAUAUUUUAAUCUGAUAUAAUAUUUGUUCAUUAUUAUUUUAUAGACAUCUACAAAUAGUAGUGUAGCAGGAUCAUCUGGUAGAUCACAAUCUGGUGGUGUUUAUGCAGAUGGUGUGCGUAUGGAAGAAAUUGUUGAAGGUACUACUGGUGCAUUGCAUAUUCUUGCACGAGAAUCACACAAUCGAGUACUUAUGCGUUCCCAACAAGGACUAAUUGCUGUAUUAGUUCAGUUGUUAUUCAACGAUAUUGAAAAUGUUCAACGGGUCGCUGCUGGUGCUCUAUGCGAGUUGGCUGUUGAUAAAGAUGGUGCAGAUAUGAUUGAAUCCGAAGGUGCUACAGCACCAUUAACUGAAUUAUUACAUUCCCGCAAUGAAGGAGUUGGUAAGUGUAAAAUGUCAACUUUUGUUACAUAAAAUUAAUGCCAUUCGGCUUUUUAUAAAAGUAAAAUAUAAGAAAAAAAAAAAAUGUGUAGGUAAUUAAUCACAUCAGGCCUGUAUGAGGGCUAGAUAGAUAAUUCCAGUAGGCAUAUGGUAUUGUUUAUGUAGGAUGAAGGAAUUUACCUUAUAGUUGACAAUACCAUACACCCUGGAAGGUAUAAUAAUACUCUUACAGUAUCUACCUGUUGUAAAAGACGCCAAAUAGUGUUGCAUCAGAUAAAUAGCUGAUGUAAAAUUCUGUCAGUAAAUAACAGUAUAACGCAUUCUAAACAAGACUUUGCAAAUUGUCACAUCUCAGAUUUGAGUAGGGACGACAAGUGGGAAAAGUUAACAUGGUGCAUGUUUGCUGUUGAUAUAGCUUUCAUAAAAGAAAAUCUGGAUGAAGUUAACAAUAAAUUUGAGAAAUAGAAAGUAGCACUUCAAGGAAAAGAACUAAUAAUAAAUAGAAGUAAAAAAUAAUUUAUAAAAUAUGAGUAUAGAGUAACAAGAUGAAACAGUUAACAACAAUAAGCUGUGAUGUAAUAGGUGAGAUUGAGGAUUUUAAAUAGGUACAUACCAAGGAUCUUGUGUAAAAAAGAAUGGUAUCUGACAAGAAUAUGAACCAUAGAAUUAAGUGUGAUUGAAUAAAGUAGAGAGAAGCAUUAGGUAUUUUAUGUAACAAGAUAAUUUCAAUGUGAAUUAAAGGUAAGUUUGAAGUGUUAAAUGGUUGGCAAAAAAUCUUUAUCUAAUUAAAUUAUAUUAUUAAAACGUGAAUAGAUUUUUUUUCGGACAGCUAUAUUUGAAGUUCAGUAUUUUGAUGAGCCAUUUAUUGAGAAAAAAUUUUAAAAAUUGAUUAACUAGCUAAAGAUUUAUUAGAAAUAUGUAAGUACAUUGUGUUCAUUAUUUAAAAUUUUUACUUAAAAAAUAAAAACUCAAAAGUUAUUUGUUGUUUUAGACUUUGCUAUUUUUAGUCCACGUUCUAUAAUCGUGCCAAAGGCCUAAUUUUAAAAAAAAAAUAAUACCCAUAAAUAAUAUAAAUAAAUUGUAUAAUUAUUUAUUAUGAGAUAAUAUCAUUGACAUUAAACCAUAGACGUAUAAACUUAAUAUGUCUAUUCAUUAAACUUAUAGAUCAUUAUACCCCAACGUCAUUGAUAGAUGACAGUACUAGUAUAUUAGAGUUCCCUAUUUGGUCAAUAAAAGCACGGAUGAUUACGUGUUCAUCUAAUCAAGUUGCAUAGGGCUGCUUAUAAUUGUCAUUGUGUUAUCUUAUACUACCUAUUAUAUACAAUAAUAUACCUACUAUCUAAGUAGUACAUUUCUGGUAUUUUUAAACAAAAAUGUGUUCAGAUAAAUAGUUUAACAAAGUAUUUGAAUAAUUAGAAAUUUUUAUUUGUUUUAUUCAAUAUAAGUUUAGUAACAGGAGCAUAAAUUCUGGGAAACUUUUCAUGGGGGCUGUUAACUUUAAAUUUCUGGUGCUCCUAAAAUCACAAUAUUUAAAAACAUGUUUAACUUAACUUUGCUCAAAAUCAUAUAUAUUAUUGUGUACAGAUAUAAAUUAAAUAAUUGUAUGUAUCCUAUCUUCCCAACUUUCAAAUUUACAACAGUGGUACACACAUAAGCAUUAUAAUUUUGUUUUUUAUAUCAUUUUGUUUUUUUUUUUUUUUGUGUGUGUAUAGCUACAUACGCAGCAGCAGUUUUAUUCAGAAUGUCAGAAGAUAAACCAAAUGAUUAUAAAAAACGAUUAUCAGCUGAGCUGAGUAAUUCACUUUGCAGAGAAGAUCAAAAUACAUGGCCACCAAAUGAUCUUGGAAUGGCACCCGAUCUUCAGGUAAUUAAAACUUACAUAACUUAAUCCUAAGUCUGAUUUAAUGUGAAAUGUUUCUAAUAGCCAGAGGCAUACAUCAAUUGUUAAGGUAUGUUUUGAAACAAACAUUCAAUUGUAAUUUUGCUUUUUUAUCUGAUUUAUGCAUUAUUAUAUCAUUUUGUAUGAACAUACAUUGUAUUUGUACACUUAGAAUUUGCAUGAGAUUUUUAUUGUUUUUAUUAUAAUUAUUAUUACUAUAUUUUGUUCAGUAGUUAGACUAUCUUAUAUUUUUUAAACAGGACACAUAUGAUCUGUAUGGCCAUGGUCUUGGUAGUAUACACAACGGAAUUGGCUCAAUGCGACACAACAAUUAUCACCAACAGUCAGGUAUACAAGUCUUAUAAACCUAGUUUUUGACUUUGCUUUACUGUUUUAAUUGUUUUACGCUUAUUUUGCAUGCAAUUUUCCACUAACAGUAAGUAACUCAAUUUUUUAUUAAAAUAUUUAAAAAAAAAUGUGUUGGUAUAUUUUUUAGUAUUUUUUCCAUAAUACUCAUCACUUAUGUUGUUCUAUAACUUCAUUAAAUUCUAAGUUAACUCCCAUCAGUAAGUUCCUAUGAAAAUACAAAUAAAUCCUAAAAUAUUUAACUCUUAAUUAUACAAAUGUAAAUAGUUUAUAUUUUUAUUGUGAGUAUGCAUUGUUUCAAUCAAAUAUUUAAAUUGGAAAUUAUCUUUUGAUUAUCAUUUCAACCUUCAUAUUUUUAAUGCAUUACAUUGUGUAUCCUUAUACACUUUUAAAUGUUUUAAGUAAUAAUUGAACAUAUAUUAACCAAAGCAACAUAAUAUUAAUAAUUUAUCUUGAUCUUUAAUGAUAGAUUAAUUGAACUAAAUGACUAAAUUGACUAAAUGAAUAUGUUAUUACUAAUUGAUUAUUUUUCAGAAACUUCGAUUGUACUAAUGUCCCACUGUAUUAUCUUGUUGCUAAUAUCUUUGUUAAUAUUCAAAAUUAUUAAAUAAAAACUCCGAACUAUACAAUAAUCUCAUCACACAUUUGUAGAACUUAGUUUUAAGUCUCACUGGAAUUUUCUUGUCACAUACAACACCUGACACUUCUCUCCACUUUAUUGUGGAGUGACACUUAAUCCUCUAGUUCACACCCUUGUCAAAGUUAUCGUUAUUUUGGAAAAAAGAUACUAGGUACUUGAAACUCUAAACCUAGCCUAAUUAGUUUUAUUGGCUAUCUUGUCUUAUUACUCCAAGCUCAUACUCUGUUUCAAUUCUAAUUAUCCUUAGUUAUUUUUCUUAACUUAUUCCAGAUUUGCUCUUAAAAGCUAUAUCAUUUGUCACUUUUUUUUUUUAAAUACAACUAGCAGCAGUGAAGGAUCUAUUUUCAAAUUGCUUCAUCCACUGUUUCCAUAAUUUAUUGUUUAUUUGAUAAAAUUAAUGAAUAAUAAAAAAGAACCUAUUUUCCUAGGUUUCUUUGUUUUCUAUACUUGUCGUUUUCUUGGUGGCCUGGCAAGCCCACCAGUCUGAAAGCUUGUCCUGCCUGCCAACCCGAUGACUACCCACUAGUCUUGCACUAUCGUAUCUCCUCUUACCUGUUGUCGCUGCGAAUAUCCAAGAUGGGGCAAUCUGCCAAAGUCUUAUUUUGGACUUCUCAUACUAUUUGAUAGAAUUGUAUACUUACUGUUGACCUGAAGCAACCUUAGUAUUCUGAUCGCUUCUUAUAGGGAGAAUGGUAUUGUCAACAAUAAAGUGAAUUUCUACCCCUUACAGAAACAAUACUAUAUGUCUACUAGAAUCACUUACCUAGGCUUAACUAACAGUUAGGUUGCUUAACCCGUAGCUUUAUAUGCUCCCUGAAGUGAAUUACAGUGACUAUUUUAAAAAUUUCAAAGUAAAGGAUUAAAAUGUAAUUUUUAUCUAGUGAUUAAAAAGGAUGAAGAUAUUCUUCUCUAUAUAUGUGUCCCAUUGACAUUAAAUCUAAUUGAAAAAGUAAAAAAAUUGAAUAUUAUUAUUUGGAAAAUAUGAUGGGCCGCCUAUACAAUAUACUUAUAAUAAAAUGUAAAUUUCUGUUUUUUAAAGGGUAUGACACGCUACCAAUAGAUCCCAUGCAAGGCUUAGAUAUAUGUUCUCAACAAGAAUCUAACUGUAGUCCAAUGGAUGUAGUGGCAGCUAAUGAUAUUGAUUUUGGGCGUCUAGGAGAUUUACCUGAACCUCCACAGGACAACAAUCAAGUAGCUGCUUGGUAUGAUACUGAUCUAUAAAAUUUAUUGAAAUAAUUGUUUAACCAAAUAAGUAUUAAUUACAAAUAGAUUACAUAUUUUAUAUUGUUAAAUAAAUUACAAACUACCUAAGUCGAUUGAACAAUAUUUUGAUAAGUAAAUUACUUAAUAUUGUAAACAUAUUCAAAUAACAUUGUUAAUAAUUUUUUUUUUUUUUUUUUGUGGGUGUAAGGUUAAUGGAUAAUGAUGUUAAUUAUGUUAAUGGAGUAUAUAUUAUAUGAGGUCCAUUCAAAUAAUACAAACUGAUUCCAUCUUCUAUAAUAACAUUAUAACUUUUAUAACUCUAGUCUAGUUUUUGAAUUAUUAGUGUUGGUCAUUUAUUUAAUGUAUCUAAUAGAAAUUUAGUAUUGUGUUUUUUAAUUUAUUAUGUAUAAUUUUUUUCCAAAGCAUUUAAGUUUAAAAACCAAACCAUUUAUAUUUUAUAUUAGAUGAAAGUUUGAUCUCUGUUAUUCUUUAUUUUUGUUUCCUUAUUUACAAUAUUCUAGAAACCAUGAUUUAUUUUAAUGAAAUAAUUACCAAAGUCUUAAAUUAAAUUUAGUUACUAAUUUCAUAAAUUAACCUAUUUAAAUAAUUUAUCAUUAUCAACAUUUUAUGUAUAUAAAAAUUUAUCAUCUAAAUUGUAUUUUAUAUACCUAAUAUGAUGUAACAACAUUUAAUUUAUAUAUUUAAUCAGUAUAAAUUUGAUAUCGUGCUUAUUAUUGAGUUAUAUGUAUUAUUAUUUUUAGUAUUUGUAUAUUAUUUAAUGUCCCGAUAUUAUUUAAUAUGUUCUAAUGUUCUAUAUGUUUCUACUGUCAAGCAGUGAUACAUAAGCGAAGUACAUAGGUAGGAAAUUACAUUUUAGGGGGGCCAUUGAAACGUAUUAAUUUAUUUACAAUUUAUGUUAUUAAAUUGAUGUUAAAAUGUUAAUUUUAAAUUAAAAGAAUUAUAAAGUUUAAACAAUGUACUAUACAAAAG